ACACUAAAACCAAAGCUCCAAUUCAGUCCUCUCCUCUAAUCCCGACCAUAUCUAUAGAUAUUAUGGUGCUUAUAUUUUCUAUGUACUCCAUUAUAAAAAGAAACGGAGCUGAAGCCUAUACAAUCACAGAGAAAAGACAAAAUCACAAUUCAAAGAAGCCAACAAAUUAAGAUGGAGAUAUUGUCACAAAUGUGGUCUUUCCUGGGACUCCUCACCGUCCUUCAGAACAUCUUGCCCUCGCAGCUGCUCUCCCUCCUCCACUCCUUCUACGAGUCCCUCCAAGACCUUUUCACCCCUUACUCCUACUUCGAGAUCCCAGAAUUCAACGGCUACUGCAGCGUCGAUCUCAACGACCUCUAUCGCCAUGGGAGCCUCUACCUAAACUCUGUCAACCCUUCCGCCACCUGCCGCCGUCUCACCCUCUCUCGCUCCAAGUCCUCCAAUUGCAUCUCCUUCACUGUGGCUCCCAACCACACCAUCCACGACACCUUCAAUGGCCACAGCAUCUCCUGGACUCACCAUGUGGAGACGGUGCAGGAUUCUUUAGAGGAAAAACGCAGCUUCACGCUCAAGCUCCCCAAGCGCCACCGCCAGACCCUACUCAAGCCCUACCUCGACCACGUAAUUUCAAGUGCUGAGGAGUUUGAGCGAGUGUCACGCGAAAGGAGGCUUUACACCAACAACGGGCAUGGUUCGUACGAGUCGGGCUGGGUAUCUGUAGCAUUCCGUCACCCCUCCACAUUUGACACGCUGGCUCUGGAGCCAGAACUGAAGAAGCAAAUAAUGGAAGACCUCACAGCUUUUGCAAAGGGGAGAGAAUUUUAUCAUAGAGUCGGACGUGCUUGGAAACGGGGAUACUUACUCUAUGGGCCUCCUGGGUCUGGGAAGUCCAGCUUGAUCGCAGCCAUGGCAAACUAUCUUUGUUACGACGUGUACGAUUUGGAACUCACCAAAGUGACAGACAACUCCGAGUUGAGAGCUUUGCUGAUCCAGACCACCAACCGCUCCGUCAUUGUGAUCGAGGACAUAGACUGUUCUGUUGAUCUGACGAUGGACAGACUGUCGAAGAGAUCAUUACGUUCGCGGGCUCAGUCACACGCAACGAUAAAAGGAGAUGCUGAUCAGGAGAAUGGUAGAGUGACGUUAUCAGGGCUCUUAAACUUCACUGAUGGAUUGUGGUCUUGCUGCGGAGAGGAAAGAAUAAUAGUUUUCACCACCAACCACAGGGACAAUGUGGAUCCUGCUCUGGUUAGAUGCGGCCGCAUGGAUGUGCAUGUCAGCCUAGGCAGGUGUGGGAUGCAUGCCUUCAAGGUCCUGGCUAAAAACUAUCUCAACCUCGACUCCCACCCCAUGUUUCAACUGGUGGAGACCUGCAUAAGCUCUGGUGGGUCCUUAACUCCAGCUCAGAUAGGGGAGGUACUGCUAAGGAACAGAUGGAAUCCUGACGUGGCUAUGAAAGAGGUUGUCUCUGACAUGCAGUCGCAGUUGCAGACACAGAACAAUCAAGGCGGUGGUGGCGCUGACUACGACGAGAUAGCCAUGACAAGGUCCCCCGAGAGCGCGUUGGCUGUGGGGUCGCCUGAACUGUGGGACUCAUCUCCCACGAAGGUUGGCAGGAACGGGAAGAAAUGGAAACAAGGGUCCAGUGCUGGCAGCGCGGAGAAGAAGGUUAAUUUUUUGGUGAGGCUAAGGUCUUUGACCAAGUCUGAUUGUGACAGAAAAGUCUUGUGACCAAUUGCAAUUACUAGUGUUUCGGAUUUAAUUUCGAACUUUUUGUCUUGCACUCUUCUCUGUAGGCUGUAAGUAGCUGGAGGACCGUCUUGCUUUGAUGUAGUUUUUAAUUAUUGGACAAACCUUCUUAAUUAUUUAAAAGAAAAGAAAACAUUCUUGCA